GAAUUUCAUUUUUAAAAGACGUUUCCUUUUACUCCAGGGUAAAAGAUCCUAAAAGAAUUUCUCCCUUUCUCUUGGCUUCUGUCAAACAUCACUCGGAAGGCUGGCACUAUGAAAAGUGAACGGUUGAAUCUUGUACUGUGUGUCCCUCACCCAUGUCAUCGACGUCAUUCUUUUUAGUAAUGUCAUUAAAAAAACAAAGUUUCCUUUUCCUCCAGGAUCCCGUCACUCUUGAGGACGUGGCUGUGUCCUUCACAGAGGAGGAGUGGACACUGCUGGAUCCAGGCCAAAGGGCUCUGCUCUGGGAAGUCAUGGAGGAGAAUGUUGCUAACAUGGUGUCUCUGGCUGCUGGUUUGAAAAAAGGGAGGUUCACAGAAGAACCACAUCAGGUGAUCUUAGAAAAAAUUACCAAGGAGGAGGAGAAACCCCAGAGGAGAAAAACAGAAAGCAAGGAGAAGGGGAGAAGAUCCUUUGUUUCUCCGAAGGAAAAUGUUCAUGGAGCGCCAUGUGAAGAAGAAACGGAUCAGAGCCAUGACAGCUGUAAGUGCUUGGCGUGUGAGAAAAGCUUCAGCUUUCAAGGCAGCCCAAAUGCUCACUGGAAAACCCAGAUAGGGGGGAAACAGUUGGACUGCUCAGAAUACCACUGGGAUUGUUUAAAAAAGUCAUUUCCCGAAACAGAUACGGGAACAUUUGAAUGCUUGGGUCAUGAAAAGGGCUUUAGUCAGAGCACACCCAUUGCUUCCCAUGAGCGAAUUCAAAUGAAGGAGAAAAGAUUUCAGUGCUUUGAAUGUGGGAAAAGCUUCAGUUACAAUUCUGCCCUCAUUGAACACAAGAGAAUCCAUACAGGAGAGAAACCUUUUCGAUGCUUGCAGUGUGGAAAGAGGUUCAGUCAUAAGUCAACCCUUGCCAACCAUAUGAGAAUCCAUACAGGGGAGAAACCAUAUACAUGCUUGGAAUGCGGGAAGAGCUUCAAUCAGUGCACGGUCCUUGCUAACCACAGGAGGAUCCAUACGGAGGACAGACCUUUUGUGUGCUUGGAAUGCGGGAAGAGUUUUAGGCAUAAGGCAACCCUCGCUUCGCAUACACGGAUCCACACAGGGGAGAAGCCUUUUAAAUGCCUGGAAUGUGGGAAGAGCUUCAGUCGGAACACACACCUUGUUCGCCAUGUGAGAAGCCACAGGGGAGAGAAACCGUUUAAAUGCUUAGAGUGUGAAAAGAGCUUCAGUCAGAGGGCAAACCUUGCCUCCCAUAUGAAAAUCCAUACACGUGUGAAAGCGUGAAGGAUACCG